GGAUGGAGAACAUGGAUUAGAGCGUGCGAGGUGUGGCAUACGAUUGCUGAUCCCAUGAUAUAUAUCUACUCCAGUUAAAAUUGUACCACGGACGAGUCGAUUCUGCUUAUUCCGAGCUUGCAGCUCCCAGUACCCCUCAAUACAACCUACUCCCACCUAGCCGAUCCUCCCCUUCAGUCCAAGGGCUGCUUUGGAGCUGAACGAUCGUCUCAUUCCACAAGAACCGGCCCCCCCACACGACGUCAUCACAACGCCCGGAAGUUUCUCCCUAGGUUGAACACAAGAAUCUUUUACUGGAUACUACUUCUUUCACCCAUCAGCUCGAAUCGAUAUCCGAUCAUAAUGUCGCAGACGGAGUACCAGGAGGCCCGUAGGCCGUCGCUCGCCGAGAAUCAGACGACGUUGAAGUCGGAGAUUCCACUGAAGGACCGCUUUUUCCGGUACUUUCAGCAUGAGAUCACCGAUCUGCAGGAGCAGAUGGAUCGAUUAGCCGAUACUUCACUCGUGGGUGGCGAGCGGGCCGACGCAACGGAUCACUGUCUAGCUGGUAUUGCACGAUUGUCCAACGAGGUCAAAGAUGCCGCAAGUUAUAUCCCGACCUAUGAUCAACGGAUAUAUGCCGAAGCCAUCAAGGCGCUCCAAGACAAGUUGAUCGAAACUCGGGCCGCCAUGGAGCCGCGGCCCAAAUUCUCUUUUAAGACGAAGAAAAACCCCUCCGCGAUUUCCCUGUCCGACGCGGUAGAGCUGGCUGCGCAGGGCCGUCGCGGGAUUCCAGGAUACCGGUCUUCUGGACCCUCUUCCGCCGAUUCAUCCGCGAUCAAUACGCCGCUGUAUCCAUCCACCCCCCUUAAUGAGCCGGACAGACAGCAACGGAGUCAGCCUGAGAUCACCCCGACAUCUUUUCCCGGCGUGGUGGUUGGUGAACAAGAGGAUAAUGCCGCCGCAGAGAAACGGGCCGCCAAACUGCUGGCUCCCAGUUCAGCAACCUCUGUGACUGUUAACAACCACUCUGGCCUGCAUAUCAUGCUGCCGGUCUCAGCAUCCAGCGCUACGGUGCCUGCGUCCAUCACCUCCCUUCAACAUUGCGUGGUGGACAUGUCGAUCCCAACCACCAACGGGAAACCAUACGCGAGUCUGGCCAUCAAGGGGGUCAAGGAAAGCCUUCUUAUCUGCGGGCAGGUCAACGGGCCCGCCCAUAUUACGGAUGUAGAACACAGCGUGAUCGUGGUUUCCUGCCACCAGUUCCGCAUGCACAACUGCAAGGACGUGGACGUAUACCUCAGUUGCUCGAGCAACCCCAUCAUUGAAGACUGCCAUAACGUCCGGUUUGGACGGAUUCCCAAAGCUUACGCCCUGGAUCAGAACCACGCCGAUCAUGAAGACCGAUGGAACCAAAUCGAGGAUUUCAAGUGGAUCAAACCUGAGCCUAGCCCCAACUGGAGCCUGUUGAAUCAGAGCGAGUGUGUGCCUGAAGAGGUCUGGGCGGAGAUCGUGCCUGGCGGGCCGGGCUGGUCGCUGGAUGAUAUUCUGCGCGCAACGAAACUGAUCAGUCAGUAGUAAUAUUGGGUACUAUUUUUUAUGGUUUCCAAAUUUGUCAUUAUUUCACUAUGCUAUUAUUACUAUGAUCAUAAUUCUGUACCUUUGUUCAUUAAUUAGGCUUAUUUGACCUGUAUCUCAAGGACUGUUGCGUUUUAUAUUAUCUCAGGCGUGGGGGUAUAUGCAGGAUUGAAUGGACGGCUUCGGGG